AUGGACCCAGGAAACAAUACAGGAAUUUCAGAGUUCCAGCUUCUGGGAUUUUCAGAGAAACCAGAACUGCAGCCCCUCAUAUUCGGGCUUUUCCUCUCCAUGUACCUGAUCACUGUGGUGGGAAAAAUGCUCCUCAUCCUGGCUGUCAGCUCUGACUCCCACCUCCACACCCCUAUGUACUUCUUCCUUGCCAACCUGUCCUUUGCAGACAUCUGCUUUACCACUACCACAAUCCCAAAGAUGCUGUGGAACAUCCAGACUCAGAGCAAAGUCAUUACCUAUGCAGGAUGCAUCACACAGAUGUAUUUUUUCAUGCUCUUUACAGGAUUAGAUAUCUUUCUCCUGACUGUGAUGGCUUAUGACCGCUUUGUGGCCAUCUGUCACCCACUGCGCUACACAGUCAUCAUGAGCCCCUGCCUUUGUGGACUUCUGGUUCUGGUAUGCUGGAUCCUGAGUGUCUUUCAUUCCUUACUACACACUUCCAUGGUGUUGCGGCUGUCCUUCUGCACAGAGGUGGAAAUCCCCCACUUUUUCUGUGAACUCAAUCAGAUGAUCCAACUUGCAUGUUCUGACACAUUUCUCAAUAACAUGGUGAUAUACUUUGCAGCUUUGUUGUUGGCUGUUGGUUCCUUCAUUGGGAUCCUUUACUCUUACUCUAAGAUAGUUUCCUCUAUAUCUGAAAUAUCAACAGCUCAGAGCAAGUAUAAAGCAUUUUCCACCUGUGCAUCUCACCUCUCAGUUGUCUCCUUAUUUUAUUUUACGUGCUUAGGAGUGUACUUUACUUCUGUAGCUACCCAGAACUCCCAUUCUAGUGCAGUAGCCUCAGUGAUGUACACUGUGUUCACACCCAUGCUGAACCCCUUCAUCUACAGCCUGAGGAACAAAGACAUAAAGUGCUCUCUGGUGAGAUUCUACGGGAUGGUGGCCCUAAAAUGGACAACUUUCCUGGAGCUGAAGAAGCACCCAUGA